UAUGCGUCAACGUGAAAAGGGAAAUGCUUUGUCUAGGAGAGGAAAUGAUGCGCGAGGUCUUCGAGAGGAAUUUCACUCAGGAGAUCACAGAGGGCUGCCUGAAAGUUGACUUGAGGCUGGACUGUAACUCUGAAAAGCCCCAGGCGGAGACUCGGAACUGAUGCAGCAAGGGCACCAGUCCAGGAACAUCUGUCAUCCACAGCCUGGUCCUGCUGGAGACACCUCUUUGUACGCCCCCUUCAGGAACAUCACAGCCAUCAGUGGCCGUGCUUCCUAGGAGCCAUACUCACCUGUUUCCGUGGAGAAGAGUGUUACCCAAGGUCUGAUGUGCCUUUUGCAAGCAGCUGAUACACUGGUAAGAAGGGCCUACGUUAUAGUCUAGGGGCUGGAGGGAACUGCACUGUGAAGGACCAUUGAGAACUGGGCAGUGGUGUGGAUGGAACCCCCAAGCCUCCGCUGUUAUCCUCUGGCUGUUCUGGCGCUCAGGGGAGCAGCAUUACGAUGUGAGUGUCGCAGUCUGGAAGCCAAUGAGCCCUUCGCCCUGGCGUAUCAACCCAUAAUGUCCUCUCUCCCAGACCACGGUCUCUCUGAACAUUCGCCCCAGUGAUCAGCCACAAUAAAAACCACACACACACACUCACACUUACACACAGACACAAGCACACGCACUUCGCUGGUCACAGUGGAGACCUCUGAAAGGGCACAGGGUCGAGGCCAGCCUGAGGGAAAGCAGAAGAGGGAGGGGACUGAGUUCUGGCGCUGUAGCCCAACACCCCUUCACUGGCCAUGCAGUCAGAUGACCUCUUCAUCCGCAAGUUCCGCCGCCAGAGCCCACGGCCGCCGCUGACGGGCGUGGCCUUUGAGCCCAAGCGGGAGGGCGGUGGGCUGCGGACGCGGGUGGUAGCCGAGUGGCCGCCCAGGAAGGAUGGCGAGGAGGGCGGUGAGCGGGAGGGCGUGACACCCGGCCGGGUGGGGCUGCCCCUGCGGCCUGCUGGGCGUGGCCACGUCAUGCAGCGGAGCAACAGUGAUGUCACACUGGGGGACCUAGACUCGGCGGGCAAGGUGGUGGGGAAAGCCGCAGGGGCAGCGGGUGAGAAGGUCGGUAUAGGCGGGGCCGGGCCCGCAGACUCCGGGCUGGUCCUGCAUCGGGAGUACGGCAGCCUCUCAUCCCUGGAGAGGCAGACACGGGCCCGGGCACCAGGUGGCGAUGACCAGGGCGCCCUCAGCCCCUCCGCACUCCGCUUUAAGGACCCCUUCCUCCUGCUAGGCUUGCAGACCGCCGCCCUUGAGCCUGACAGCUUCUUCCGUGCCCUGCCUGCGCCAGUGGGUGACUCCCCCAAGCCCAAACCAGCCAAGCCAGAGCCACAGAGCAAGAAGUCCAAGCCCAGCCCACCACCCCCUCCGCCCCCCCCAAUGACGCCAGGCCCUGGGGAGCCCCUGCCGGGUGGCUCGUGGGUGCGCAACUUUGCCCACUAUGAUGUGCAGAGCAUCCUGUUCGACCUGACUGAGGCUGCCUCCAACCGAGACAGUAUCGGCCGCAAGAAGAACAUCACUUCAGGGGCGUCAGCCGCCUCACAGCUGAGGCCGCCCAUGCUGGCCGCACCCCCGUCACCAGCACAGGGGGGCGGGGCCGGCUACGGUGCGGGUGGGGCCGGGGGGGCAGAGGAUGCAGAGGCCCUGCGCGAGUCGCUGGCCCUGCUCGACGAGGGCGAUGGCAAUGACAACGACCUAAUCCUCAGCUGCCCACAUUUCCGCAACGAGGUGGGCGGGGAGGAGCGGGCAGGGCUGGGGCGGCCGCGGGGGCCUGGUGGGCUCCGCCUCAGCCUGCAGAGCCCCAACGACGCUGUGUCUGUGCUGGAGGAGCCUCGCGAGAGCCACAUUCAGCAGCAGGGCAAGAGCAGCUAUUUCAUCGAGCACGCCGACUUGGGUGCACACUACUACCGCAAGUACUUCUACAUGAAAGAUCACCAGAACUUCUUCGGUGUGGAUGAAAGGCUGGGCCCGGUAGCCAUAAGCUUCCGACGCGAGGAGAAGGAAGGGUCCAGCGGCGCCCAGUACAACUACAGGAUCAUAUUCCGCACCACAGAGCUGAAGACGCUGAGAGGCUCCAUCCUAGAGGAGUCGGUGCCCUCAGCCGCUCGCCAUGCAACGCCCCGCGGCCUGUCCCCCAAGCGCCUGCUGGAGUACAUCAUCCCUGAGCUCAACCUGCACUGCCUCCGACUGGCCUCCACCUCGCCCAAGGUCCGGGACACCCUGCUGAAGCUGGACGAGCAGGGGUUGAAUUUCCAGAGGAAGGUCGGGGUGAUGUACUGCCGGGCCAGUCAGAGCUCCGAGGAGGACAUGUACAACAACGAGAAUGCCGGCCCUGCCUUUGAGGAGUUCCUGGACCUGCUGGGAGAGCGCGUGCGACUGCGAGGCUUCGAGAAGUACAGAGCACAGCUUGACACCAAGACGGACUCCACCGGAACCCACUCCCUGUACACGCGUUACCAGGACUAUGAGAUCAUGUUCCACGUGUCCACCAUGUUGCCCUAUACCGCCAACAACACACAACAGCUAUUGAGGAAAAGGCACAUUGGUAAUGACAUCGUGACCAUCGUCUUCCAGGAGCCGGGAGCUCUGCCCUUCACUCCCAAAGCCAUUCGCUCCCAUUUCCAGCAUGUCUUCAUUGUAGUGCAAGCUCAUGAACCCUGCACAGACCACACCUCCUACAGGGUGGCCGUGACACGCUCCAAGGACAUCCCACUGUUUGGCCCUCUGUUCCCCAAGGGAGCACGCUUCCCACGGUCGCCGGCCUUCCGCGACUUCCUGCUGGCCAAGGCAGUGAAUGCAGAGAAUGCGGCGGAGAAGUCAGAGAAGUUCCGCUCCAUGGCCACGCGCACACGGCAGGAGUACCUGAAGGACCUGGCAGAGAACUAUGUCACCACCACACCCAUCGACUCCUCCACCAAGUUCCCGCUGCUGUCGUCGCUGGGCAGCAAGCGCAAGGACAAGAGCAAGGGUGCAAAGGGGGCGGAGCUGCACAGCGCCGGCGCCCUGGUGUGGGCAGUGACGGCGGCCGGUGGACGGGAUGGGACAGAGCGGCUCCCCUGCCUGCUGGGCGUCUCCGCUGAGUCGGUGGUGCUGAUCGAGCGCUGCUCGCGGAGGGUGGUGUUCAACUGCUGCUGCCGUGAUGUCAUCGGCUGGAAGGCGGUGCUGGAGGGUGGGGCCAAAGGUGGACCCUGCCUAGACAUCUUUUAUGAGCGCGGGGAGGCGGUGUCUGUCAGCGUGCCAGAGAGCCAAGCAGAGGACAUCCGGGAGGUGGUGCAAAGACUAGAGCUGGUGACACGGGGGUGCGAGGCCCGGGAGGUGACCCCCCUGCGGGAUGCCGUGGGCCAGCCAGGGUUCCUGCUGAGCGAGGAGGGGUUUGUGACAGAGCUGCAGCGCUUUGGCUAUGCGGAGAGUGGGGGUCUGCAGCUGGGGGCGCGGGUGGUGCGCCUCUGCGGUCGGCCACUGGUGUCCCUGGCACCCCACGAGAGGGUGGGCCUGCUCCGCUCCGCCCCCAAGAUCCACCUGACCGUCAUCCCGCCAGACGAGAACGGGAAGCCCCGCCGGAGUUUCUCUGAACUGUACCUGAAGGCCAUCCAGGAUGCAGAGCGCAAGUCAGGGGAGGGGCAGUCCGGAGAGGCCUGGGUGCUGGAUGAGAGAGAGGAGGAGGAGGAGGAGGAGGAGGAGGAGGAGCAGCAGCAGCAAGAGGAGGGGAAAGAGGAAAGGGAGCAGGGGGAGGGUGAGGAGGCAGAACUGAUGGGAGUUGGUGAGGGCAGCGCCGGGGAGUGUGACUCCUCAAAGACAGCCCCAGGACAGGGCCAGGAGAGCUCUCUCCUCUCCCUGCCCAGCCUACCCCUGCUGAGGGCCACCUCCCUGCAGGACGACCCACCCUCCCAGCCUGCCGAAAUCACAGCCACCGCCCUGACACGAAGCUGCUCUCUGGAGAAGCCCCUGCCCCAUCAGGACUCCCAGGAUGAGCACCCCUAUGACAAUGUAAAAGAGCCGGCUGACACCCACAUCUACGAGAACAUGAGGGCCCUGCGAGGGGCCACACCUGACCUCAUCCUGGCGGUCAAACCCAAAGCACCCCCUGCCGAGGAGGUGCUCCAGAAACAGUCUGUGGGGUUGGAGCUGAGGGAGGAGCAGCCCUUGGCCAGUGACUCCUCGUUGUCCUCCGCCCCUCCCACCUGCUCAGACACUGGCGACCGCAGCUCUCGGGCCUUGAGUCUGCACAACUCCAUCACCAAAAUCCUAUCAGAGACCACUGAUUCCUCUGAGGAGGAGUGGCAGUCCAUCGCAGACCUGGCAACCGCUUGCCGUAGUAUCCUGGAGGCACUUUCCCGUGAAGAUCAGAAAGCAGGAGAAGGAACACAGGCUGCUGCAGACAGCACGGCCAUUUCUGGUCAGACAGACACCAACCCGAGGGACAUCAAAGAGAGUGACUCUCCUGGGCAUUUGGAGGAGAAGGUUUCCCAGCUGGAAACCAUGCUGAAAAGGCUCCAGGACGACCUACAAAAGGAGAAGGAGGACAAGGCGGUGCUGCAGGCGGAGGUUCAGAGCCUCAGGCAGAACAACCAGCGGCUGCAGGAGGAGUCCCAGAGCACCGUGGCCCGCCUCAUCAAGCCCCGGCCCCCGCUCGUGCGAUGUGGAUCAUGGGAAGGAUAUGCCAGCGCCCCCCCUCUAUGACGCAGUGGGGUGGAGUCAGCCCUCCCACAGGUGUGCCCGCAUUGCCAUCCAUCUCCCCACCCCCGGGGCGGGACUCACUUUCCACACUGUGUGUGUGUGUGUGUGUGUGUGUGUGUGU